CAACCGGAAAGCCAAGUUCCAAGUGGCAAAUUAAGUUGGUUUUUGAUAAGACUUGUUUUCAUGAUAAGUGAUAACACUGUUUAUUCAUUUCUUGCUACUUUAAUUGUGUUUGUAUUAUGUACUAACGUAGUAUCUUUAGUAAAUAAUGGCUGCAGGCUGCAGGUAUUUUGCUAUUUAGUGAUUGUUAUUUAUGUUGUUAUAUUUCAUUCUAGGUAUAAAUAAUAAUAUAUAAUAUUUAAUUUAUAAAUAUAAAACUAUAUUAUGAAGUAGAUGAACCAAUUAUAUAUUAAUUUACUAAAAACGCUGAAGUUUUGAUUGUAAACCCUUACAUCUUUUCUUCGAUAAUAAUUACUAUUCUGAAGCCUAAAAAUGGUUCUUGGACCAUUGGAUCAUUCUGUUCAAACAGAUAUUAUAUUUGUAAUAGAGAAAACAGCCAUGAACACUUAUAUUAGUGAACUUAAAACAAAUUAUGUGACUCCGACAUUAGAAUACUUUAACCAAGGACCUAUUGAAGAACGAGAGUAUUUGUCUGAAAGUAGCAGUGCAAUUUAUGGUAUUGUAGUUUAUGAAGCAAAUGAUUGUAAACCAUAUCCGUGUUGUCGUACUUAUGGAACAUUCACUAGCCCACAAAAAGUCAUAAAAAUGAUUGAAAAAAUAGACAUGAUUGGUGGUAUGGCAGAAUCCCAUGCUUAUAUGGGUGAAGGUUUAGCAACAGCCCUGGUUUUCUUUGAGGACUUGCAAGAGAUUCGUGAAGCUAAGCAAAGACACUGUAUUCUGAUAUGUAAUUCACCACCUUAUAAUUUUCCAAUUAUGGAAUGUGAAACAUAUGCUGGUCGUAGUGUUGAUCAAAUGGCAAAUCUUUUUCAAGAAAAAGGAAUUUUACUCUCAAUAUUAUCAGCUAGAAAAACUCCUGCAUUAUUGAAAUUAUUUGAAAAAGCUGGCGGUGAUUUACAAAUUUCUCAGAACAAAAACUAUGCGAAAGAUCCAAGGCAUCUAGUUUUACUCAAUGGCUAUAGUCUAAAAGAACGUCCAAUGAGCCCAACUCCCGCUACAACCCAUUCUGGUCUAUCUAUGACUAGUCCAUUAUCUACAAAUGUUAAUAUUGGAUCACCAGUUGCUCCAUGUGCUCCAUUCAGGACUACUAAUCCGGUUAUGGCUAUGCAGAAUCAAGUUCAACAACAACAACAACAACAACAACAACAACAACAACAACAACAACAGCAGCAACAACAGCAACAACAACACCAACAACAACAAGCUGCUCAGGUAGCCCAACAAGCUGUAGCUGUAGCUCAACAACAACAACAACAACAGCAGCAGCAACAACAACAACAACAACAACAACAACAGCAACAGCAACAGCAAAUGAUUCGUAAUGUAAAUCAAGGUCAAAACCAGCAAUAUUCAAAUGUUUCAAAUACUGGUGGUUUCUUGAGGCCUUCUCAAACGCCUCGUAAUUGGCCAAUGAUGCAAAAUCAACAGCGUCAACCAAUUCAAGCAAGUGCAUUAAUUGCACAGUUAACAACUCCUACAUUCCAACAAAGAAUAGAUAUGGCAUCACAACAACAACAAGUACAACAGCAGCAACAACAACAAGUUAAACAGCAGCAGCAAGUUCAACAACAACAACAACAGCAGCAGCAGCAAGCUCAACAGCAGCAGCAAGCACAGCAGCAAGCGCAACAGCAAGCACAGCAGCAAGCACAACAGCAGCAAGCUCAACAGCAGCAAGCACAACAGCAAGCUCAACAACAGCAGCAAGCUCAACAACAGCACCAAGCACAACAGCAACACCAAGCACAACAACAACAACAGCAGCAUCAGCAGCAGCAACAGCAACAAGCUGCUCUACGAAUUAUGAACCAACAGCAGCAACAAGUUCAACAACAACAGCAGCAACAAAAUGGACCUGGCAGACAAACUAUUUGGUCGGGAACAUUAGAAUGGAUAGAAAAAUCCAAGCCUUUAAAUGAAAUACCAAAGAUAACAAGAAACGUCCCUUGUAUUGUUUCAGCCAGUAUCAAAAAUGGAGAACCGGAACUGAAAGCAGAAACAUGGCCUGAUAAACUAAUUAUGCAAUUGAUGCCCAAGAAUUUAAUAGGAAGUAUUGGAGGUGCUCAUUUGAAAGACUCAAAAUCUGUGGUUUUCCAACCUACACCGUGCGAAGCAUUGGAGUCUUUGACCAAGUACAUGACUAGUGGAUAUGCUGGCUGUGUACAUUUUAACAGUGCUCCAACUUCUCAUAAUUGUGAUGUCAAAGUAUUGAUUUUGCUUUAUACGCACGAUAGAAAAGCAUUUAUUGGUUUUAUUCCAAAUGAUCAAGCAGCAUUUGUAGAUAGAUUACGCAAGCUUAUACAACAUCAAAAAGCUUCGUCAGCCAUAUUACGUCAAGGCCAGGGUGGAAUGGGAAUGCCUCAAGGCAAUAUGCCCGGACAAUUGCAAUUACCACCAGGUCCGAAUAUGCCUGGUGGUCCUGGACCAAAUCAGAUGCCUGGGCUUAUGCCUAACAGCGCAUUAACAGCUUCUUUACAAAGUCAACCUCAACCAAAUUUGGCUGAAUUAAUGGGGUCCAACAAUUUUGCACCACAAAGUAAUCAGGUAGUCCCUAAUAGUCCAUCAGUUCAAAUGAUGCCUAGUCCUCAACCAACUGGACAACCCGUCAAUGUUAAUAAUCCAAACAUGCCCUUACAGAGUCCUGGAGGCGUUGGAAAUGUUGGUGUUCGUCCAUCACAAGGCCAAUACAGUGAACAAAUUGAAAUGGCUAGAAAGCAAAAUUUAGCCAAGAUUCAGCAACUUCGUCAGACACUAGAAUUAGCACAACAACAAGAAUUACAGUAUAAGUCUCAAAUGGAGAUACAAAGUAAUCAAAUGAACAUACCACAAAUGCAGCAAUGUUUGGAACAAGCCCAAAUGCAAGAAAACAUAUUGAAGUCUCAGCUAGAAAUACGUAAUCAAAUGAAUGUGCCCCAAAUGCAACAAAAUCUGGAACAUGCUCAAAUGCAAGAGACCAUAUUAAAAGCACAGUUGGAACAUCAACAAGAAGAACAACAUAAAUUGCGAACCCAACAAUUCCAUAUCCAUCAACAGCAACAGCAACAACAACAGCAGCAACAACAGCAGCAACAGCAAUCAAGACAAAUGGUUCCUGGAAAUCAAUCACCACAGAUUAUGGGUAAUAGUGCACCACAGCAGAGAAUGCAAAUGCGACCCGUUAUGUCCAGUAAUCCUGGUCUCAGACAUUUAUUACAACAACAACCACAAUAUAGACAACAAAUGAUGGGCAUGCAACAGGUUCCCGUUCCUCAAGGCAGACCCUUGCAACCUCAACAACAGCAACAACAAUAUGAUGAAGUUCAUACAUUUGACUUUCUUAACUAACUCAAUUUUAAAAUAUUAAUUUUUUUGGUUUAUUUUGUUGAAAUCAUCUCAAUUUUUUUUUUUUUUUGAAUAAUUGAGUAAAUGCUAAUACAAAUGUUUAAACAUUUUAUAAAUUACUUCAUUUUUUUUUACCAAAAGAUUAUUGAUGAACAAUUUUAGAAUUCCUGUUUAUAUAAAUUAUAUUUAUUAUUUUAUUAUUUGUAAAUAAUUUCAUCAAUUAUUUUAAGCACCUAUAAUAAAAAAAAACUUAUUUUUUCUCAUA